AAAAGUUGGUAGCAGAAUUACUAUAUAUUUAAAAAGGUGGUAGACUUCUCGCAAUAACAACUAGUUACGAGGUGAAAAUCUAACAACCAGUCACAAGGGUAUAACAACCAGAAGCAGCGGAAGAAGAGAUACCCUAAAACCCCAAAGACCCUUGAAAUUCUCCCACAAUUCUCAUCAGCUCGGACACAAUCUAUCCAUCAAAGCCCUCCGCCGACUUCGACUCGGCUUCUUUGCUGUCUGAUUUCAUCAAUUACCCUACGUUUGUAGAUCAAUGUCGGCUAGGGCAGGUGGUGUCUCACUUCCGGGGCGAGGGGCCGCCGGGAAGAGCGGCGGAGUGUUAUCCCGAGUGACGUCGUCGUUUUCUGAAUCUCCGAUUGUGUACAAAGGUAAGCGUGUAGCUUCCGACGCUUCCUUUGUUGCUAAGAAGCUUCUGAAGAGCACAGGGAAGGCUGCCUGGAUCGCCGGCACCACCUUCAUCGUCCUGGUCGUUCCGCUCAUUAUCGUGAUGGACCGCGACCAGCAGCUCAGCGAUCUUGAGAUGCAGCAGGCUAGUUUACUCGGUGCCCCUCCUGCUAUCUCUGGUCCUCAAAAGUAAGCAUUUUGGGCUAUCGAGGUUUAGUCUGCCAAAACUGUCGUUGGUCAAUGCUUAAUUUUGGUUUAGAAAAAGGACGAAGAUUCCGUUCUCAGGGUUUCUACACAAAAAGCUGGAUUUGCAUUGAAUUGAGUUUUCUAUUGUGCUUAAUGUAUUGUAAGAACAAUGCUUUAGAAAUUUGUUGAAUUAGGGUUUAUUUACUGUGCUGUGGAUGGAGUUUUAGUACUUAUCAAUAAUUGAUCUGUUAUGUACUAUUAGUACUAACUUCAGAAAAAUUCGCUUCUUUCAUAUAUCUUUUGUCAGUUCGCUUUUAGCCUGCAUUACUAAAAGUAAACAUGCUAUGGCCGAAAAUAUUUUUUUUGUUCUGCAGAAUGUUCAACUAUAGACCAGGAGUUAGGACUCGAUUAGGUUGAGGAUCAAGCCACAUUGAGAACUUGUUCUAGCAUCUUUCAGUUGUUAAAAUUGGCUGUGAUGACCGCGGAAAACCAUCUACGAACUUCUCUGAGAUGGAUUUUGUAUUCAAUUGUGUGGUCGUGGAUAGAUGUGGUAGAUUAGGAGUUAGGACUCCAUUUGAUUGAGGAUCGAGCCACAUUGAGAACCUAGCAUCUUUCAGUUGUUAUAAUUGGAUAUGAUACCAUAGAAAACCUUAUACGAAC